AUGCUGUCCGGAGGCCCAGAGAGGCCUGGAGCAGGGUCAGAGCCCAGGGUCUGGAAGGAGCAAGGGGAUGCGGCAGAUGCACUCUAUGCAGACUUGCGCCAGCUGGAGACACUCUUGGCCGAGGAGGACAAAGACAUGCCCUCAAUAGAACAGGAGUUUAGGGAGAGCUUUAUGAAGCAGUUUCCUCAGGUGGAACAGGACCUUGAGGAAUGCAUAAGAAAGCUCUACGCACUUGCGGAUGAGGUUGACAAGGUGCACAGGGACUGUACCAUCUCCAAAGUGGCGGCCUCUUCCACCAGUGUUGUGUCUGGCAUCCUGACCAUCCUUGGCCUGUCUCUGGCACCUGUGACACUAGGGGCUAGUCUGGUGCUUUCGGCAACUGGGGUGGGACUCGGGGCAGCAGCUGCUGUGACUGGUGUGACAGCGGACAUCGUGGAAGUCUCAAAGAACAUGUCAGCUAAAGCCAAAGCCAGGUGCCUAGUGUCGAAGGGCAGUGACAAAGUGAAUGUGGUCCAGGAGCUUCUACUUGGAAGCACACCCAAAAUUGUGUCCUUAGCAGUAACGUGCUCCAUAUCCGUGAAAGAUAUUGUGAAGAAUGCCCGUGCCUUCAAUCUGGCCAAAUCCAAUCCUGUCUUAGCAGCUGAGGCCAGGAGCUUCAUGCACACGGGGACAAUGUCAGCCCCAAGCAACAAGCAGGUGCAGAACCCUUUUAGAGACACUGCUCUGGCCAUGAGCAAAGGAGCCAGGAUCGCUGGUGCAACCACAGCAGCUGUUUUCAUUCUCAUGGAUGUAAUUGAGCUAGUGAAAAAGUCAGUGCACUUACAUAAGGGCGCAAAGGCUCAGUCUGCUGAAGAGUUGAGGCAGCUGGCCCAGGAGCUGGAGAGGAGAUUGGAAGAAUGCACCCACUUUCUCGAAAGUCUACCGAAUCCCUGA